CGCGCAGAGGAGAAAGUGGUAUAUUCGUAAUUUAGGUGUUUUUCUGAAUUCCCAAUCCCAACCCAUCUUCCUUCCUUUCGCUCUAUGUUUUCAAUUGGAACCCUAACCGAAGAAAUUCUCAAAUUAUAACAACUGAACAGACUCUGUUUAUCAAUAGCAUCGAUUUCUUACAUAAAUUCAUCAAUGACAUCGUCAAAACGGCAUCACAAGGAGAAAUUCGCUCGUCGCAAAGAGGAGAAACCAGAGGAACCAGAGACACCGAAAUAUAGGGAUCGCGCGAAGGAACGAAGAGAAGACCAAAAUCCCGAUUAUGAGCCCACCGAAUUGGGUUCUUUUCACGCUGUUGCUCCUCCAGGCGCAGUUGAUCUUCGGUCAGCUGAUGCGCACAAAAUUUCCAUCGAGAAGAGCAAGUACCUUGGAGGUGAUGUUGAACACACGCAUUUGGUGAAGGGAUUGGAUUACGCUUUACUUAAUAAAGUGAGAAGUGAGAUUGAUAAGAAGCCAGAUGCUGCAGAUGAUGCUGAUGGGAAGUCUAGAACACCUAAGGAAGACCAGCAAUUGUCAUUUCGCACUGCAACUGCAAAGUCUGUGUAUCAAUGCAUAGUGAAGCCUCAAACUAUCAUCAAGACAAAUGAGAUGUUUCUUCCCGGUCGAAUGGCAUUUAUUUUUAACAUGGAGGGUGGAUACUCUCAUGAUAUCCCAACUACAUUGCACCGGAGUAAAGCUGAUUGUCCAGUGCCGGAGGAAAUGGUUACUGUUAGUGUUGAUGGAUCAGUGCUGGAUCGAAUUGCUAAAAUUAUGUCAUAUCUUCGCCUCGGAUCUUCUGGGAAGGUUCUCAAGAAGAAAAAGAAGGAGAAAGAUGCAAAAGGAAAGGUUCCAUCUGUUGAUGAAGAGGGUAAGCAUUCAAAAACCUUUGGUGUGGCAUCAAACAAUAAAACUGAGAGAGAGAUUUUACCACCGCCACCACCAUUACCUCCUCCCAAGAAAAGUCAGCCUGAUUCUCGAGAGAAGCAGGGUCCAGCAGUUGCCAGAGGAGAAGAUAAUGACAUAUUUGUGGGAGAUGGUGUUGACUAUAAUAUUCCUGGAAAAGACAUGAGCCAAAGCCCUAUUUCAGAAGACAUGGAAGAGUCUCCUCGAAACAAGGACAGAGUUUCCUAUUUCAGUGAACCUGUUUACGGUCCAGUCCCUCCUUCUGGACCUUCUCAGGAGUGGCAAGACUUGAAUGGAUAUGAUGCAAUGCAAGGACAAGCAUUGGCAAAUGGCUACCAAGGAGAGUGGCAGGAUUACCAAUAUGCUGAGCAGUUGGCAUAUCCUGAACAGUAUCUCCAGCAAACAGUGCAGGGAUAUGAUAUGCAAGCAGUUUCAAACAUUGUACAGGACCCACGCUUAAUGACUCAAGAAGAGAAAGAUCGAGGUUUAGGGUCAGUGUUCAAGCGAGACGAUCAGAGGCUUCAACAAUUGAGGGAGAAAGAUGCCAGAGAAAAGGAUCCCAAUUUUAUUUCUGAGAGUUAUUCUGAAUGUUACCCGGGGUAUCAGGAGUAUAAUAGGGAGAUUGUAGACAGCGAUGAUGAAGAUGACUUGUCUAAAAUGGAUAUGGGUGGACGGGCAAAAGGUCGUCUUCACCGAUGGGACUUUGAGACAGAAGAGGAAUGGGCAAAAUACAAUGAGCAGAAGGAAGCAAUGCCAAAAGCUGCAUUUCAGUUUGGUGUGAAGAUGCAAGACGGUCGGAAGACACGGAAACAAAACAAGGAUCAGAAGCUCAAUAAUGAGUUACACCAAAUUAAUAAAAUACUGGCUAGAAAGAAAAUGGAGAAGGAAACUGGUGAUGGCGGCCAUUUUGAUGAUGAUAUACAACUUGCUAAGAAGCCACGGGUAUGAAGUUAGGAAGUUGAUCGACAUAUCAGGCUCCCUUGUGGUAAUUAUGAAAUGACGUAAUAUUUGAGAAUGUUAAGUUUUGUCAAGCCCAAUUACUCUCUUUUAAAGCCUUGUACUUUAUAUUAGAAGGCCUAAUGCUAAAUUUUAUCUUUAUGCGUCA